GAUCCAACCUACCUAACUGUCAACUCAGCAACUCCCAAAAGACUCUCCAUUCACUUCUCAUCAUUCCUUUUUUUUACGCAGCACCAAGAACCUGACUUGCAAUCAAUCAUAUAUCAUAUUUCAAAGUGACUCAUCAAAUUAUUAUUCAAUUGAUAAUAGUAUAUUUUUGUUUUUUUCGUUUCGGUUUUCUUUUUUCUUUUUUCCAGCGUAGCCGCGCCUGUCCAGCUUUAAAAGGCAAGCAACCACGCCACCCCUCACCUAACGCCUACUUAUCGCGCCGUCCUAUAAUUGGUCGGCAUUCUACUUCAACACAACAUUCUGCCCAACCUGUGGUCAUGCAAGGAAGUAAAGUUCAGUAUGGCGCAAGACAAAAUGACAUUAGAAGACUGGCUGGACGACCUCUGCGUCCGAUUCAUCAUAAACCUCCCCCGAGAAGACCUCUCCUCAGUAGCACGUAUCUGCUUCCAAAUUGAAGAAGCACAAUGGUUUUACGAAGAUUUCAUCCGACCUCUAGAUCCUACCCUACCCUCCAUGUCCCUGCGGAGCUUUAGUCUUAAAAUGUUCCAGCACUGCCCUCUACUUGCUUCCUUCUCCGCAGAUGUUCACAUCAAAGCUUUUGAAGAGUUUAUGCAGUACAAGACAAGGGUUCCCGUUCGGGGAGCAGUUAUGCUCAACGAUAAUAUGGAUGCCGCCGUUCUCGUCCGGGGUUACAAGAAAGGAGCGAGUUGGAGUUUCCCACGAGGAAAAAUAAAUAAAGACGAAGACGAUCUUGACUGCGCUAUUCGUGAGGUUUACGAAGAGACGGGCUAUGAUCUCCGGGAAGCUGGUCUUGUUGAGAAGAAUGAACCAGUCCACCCCCUCGAGGUUACUAUGCAUGACCAACAGGUCCGGCUCUAUGUGUUUCGCGGCAUACCGGAGGAUACUAUCUUUGAAACAAGGACCAGGAAGGAAAUCGGCGGUAUCAAGUGGUACAAAGUAGAAGAACUACCGGCGUAUCGCAAGAAGAAGGGGGCUGGCAAGAAUGGGGUUGGAGGCCCGUCCAAUGAGAAGUUUUACAUGGUCGCCCCGUUCAUGGUCCAGCUACGACAAUGGGUAAUGAAACAAAAGAAGCUAGACGCGCAGAAAUUUGGACAUCCCAACGCUCAUAACCAUCCACAGCUCUACGAGGAGAAUUUCACAGAUGACAAUAUCGCCCACCAACCAGUCCAGGUACCACCCACCGCAGGCUCGAACUUGGAAUACAUCGAUAGUGCAACAAAGGAGCUGCAUAGGUUGCUCAAGGUUAAACCACCUACCCAGGGUCUUCAAAUAUUAUCGCCGACUUCAGACCAGCAAGCUGGACAGGCUCUACUGUCUCUACUACGACCAAAGGCAUCAAAUGAUGAGGAAGCGUCUCGACAAGCACAAGGAGGGAACACUCGUAUACCAUUUGAUCCCUCCUCUAGCAAAGCCCCUGAACCCGUGGCUCCGCCGCAUCAUCAUCACCAUCACGAACAACAUAUACCUGUCUCCAGUUUCGCAGGAGUGCGGCACGUUCCGGCGAAUCUAAACCUACAUUAUGGAACAUCACGACUGGCAAGCGAAGCAAACCCGAACCCAAGCUACGCUCAACAUCGGGCCCGCCCACACGUCAACAUCACUACGGAGCUUCCUGGCCCUCCAUCGUCCCUAGAACAACCUCGUCAACCACAGAAAGAGCCGGUACAACUCGUUCACCCUCAGCCGUUACCACCGCAGGUACAAAAAGCUAUGCUCCUGCGUGGCAUGGCUUCUUCCCCACAGGUUACAGAUAAUACGGCUGGCCGACCAGGACUUCCCAGAGCACCCCAAGGAAACCAAGGUAAUCAAUACGGUACAUACGGUCCCCAGGCUCACAACUAUGGCCCGCAAGGUUUGUACCCUGAGGGGAUACCGCCUACUGAGCUACCUGCGCAUCCAGCCAACUUGUUGAAUGUCCUAAAGGGUGGCACAGCACAACCAGAUGUGAAUCAAGGUCUUGUGCCGGAACUACCAGGACAGGCUGCGAACAUGCCAAUGGCCCCAAACCCUCAACACCACUUCCCCGCACCGGGUAAUGCGUUUGCUAGCCAAUACGAAGCUACGGCCAUGCUUUCUAGCCUGAACAAUCUAUCAAUAAAUAAUGGUCAUGCCAUAUCAUCAGGGCCAUCAUCAGGGCCUGGAGCUAGACCUAACCUCCCGACCGAUAAACAUCGCACAGAUCUCCUCAAUAUGUUCAAGAAGACGGAGUCGUUGGCAUCACAAAAUGAGGUGGAUAGGGAGAUGGUAGCCCAACGAUCUUCCCGAUUAAGCGAAGGCGAGAGGCAACAAUGGCCUAGCCAGUCUCACUCCACUGCUGGUUCCGUACGAUCUGCGGCCCACGAGAAUAAUCGUCCCGUGCAAAUGAACCCCGAAGCUAACCUUCCGUUCCGAGCACUUACCAUAUUGUCUCGGCCUCAACCCGGGCAACAGUCGCCGACUCAGAAUAGGGUAGCUUCGGCUACCGGGUCAGAAACAGGUCGAUAUCCAGCUACGACGUCGCAGCUUAGUCACAGGUCGUUCAACAGGGCGUCGCCCCCUUAUACGAAUUCGUCCCCAAGACCUUAUCAGUUGGUGCCGCAGAAGACGCAACAAUUGGGGCGGUCAUCACCGCGGACCUACGCAGAUUCAACUCACUCUUACCCAUACGGCACCUCGCAAGGGAGUCAGCACAAUGCACUAUCGCUACUUCAAGGUCCCCCUUCUGCAUCAGCAUUACCAGUUCCGGGUAGCAUACAGUUUCGACAAGACUCGACUGCGGAGCAGAAGAGCACACUUUUAUCGCUCUUUGGAAAAUCACCUUCGAAUUUCGAACAGACCAAAGGGAAAGAGCCAGCGAGUGUCGACCAAUUCGGUGCCAGCGCAGCGCCACGAUCUCGGCUGGGCUCAGUUGCUUCUAGCGGAGGCGAUGGGAGAUCGGGCUUGCGGGGGAGCGUAUCGACGCGUGAGAGCCAGGCUCCCUUGUCGUCAGCAGAUCGGAACUUCCUAUUAAAUUUCUUAGAGAACGCAUCUAACAGUGCUUCGCGUUGAUGGUGCGUAUUCGCUCAGGAAGGGUCAUAGAAUAAAGGGCUUUAUGAUCUAAGGAUGGGCGGAUUUUCAGAUGGAGGCGGGAAAUAAGAAAUAUGGGAAGGUUAGCUCUCAGGGGGCUAGCGAUGAGCAUCAGUAUACCCCCCUAUCAAUGCAAGCUAGAAAAUUGCAUUGCUAAUAUAUAGGCGUCGGAACUUUCUUUUUCUUCUCCGGGAGCUACAUGAUUUUAAAGCCUUAUAUGCGAUAGUAUUUGCGAAUCUUUUCAUCUUAUUUGUGGAUGAAGAUGAUGAUACCAUAUGCAGUGCAGCUUUGUUUUUACGCGUUUACUUUAAUAUACUUGUUAUCCACAUUACCAAUCUCGAUGCAUCUACUGUAAGUUGAUGUGUUAUUCCGAAGAUUCACUAACUUUAUUCUUGGAUUUGCCUUCUUCACU